GAGACCACUUUAUCUUAACCGUGACCACAAACCACCCAGAUGUAUCUGUGUUUUGCAUUUAGGGGCAUAGACAGUGUUUUAUUGGGAGGGGGUCCAAUAAUUUUCUAAAAACCAUCAAUCUGAUUCAUUCACAGCCGUACAAACUAGUUCACAAACACCAGAAUACCUAAAAUAAUCUCCCACAGAGUUCAAGGUGGUCAAGACUACUGGUUUUGUACCAGCAUCACCAUCCAGUCAGACGCUGUAAUCAAUACAAUAAACACUGCAGCAUCUGUAGGUAUGCAGCAUUCCUUCAGCUGAACUCAAAACAGAAAAUGGAAUCAAGAGGGCACUGGAAGAUACAUCAGUGAUAUUGUGCAACAAUGACAUGUAACCUCUGUUAACGCUGCCUCAGCAUCUUACCAGCUGAUUUCAUCACUCUUACAGUGACUUAAGACUUCACUCUCACACACACACUCUUCUUUUUGCCCAUUUCUAAUGUACCUCCUCCCUCCCCCCACCCACCACUUCUCUUUAAGUUGAAUUAGGGGUCAUUAGCGUUCACUGGAAUCCUAGACUUAUAUUCCAGAUGGCGAUGACAAGAACUGGCUAACAGGUUUCACUUAACGUCUUCUAGCUCAAAUUUGCAGUGGAUUUUUAAUUCCAUUUUGAAAUGAGAUAUCAUAAAACUAAGGAAAUCCUUUUGUGAAACUAAUUCACUGGUGGAUGAAUCAUUAUUAACCACGAUGUCACUGGUAAGUGGGCCUAUAGUUCAGGGGUAAAGAAAGUCAUUUGAAUUGUGUGACAGACAAUUGACUUGCUUUUGCUUUUGCUCUUGUUGUUCUUGCUUCUGUCACAAAUGGGGUUCAUAAUCCAUGGUAAUACAGUAUAUCAUCAUUUUUUAAAUCUUAUUAUACUUGCUUUUACAGUAAUUCUAACCUAUAGUGGUCUCAUCACAAGUCAACUGUAACUCACUGUUCUGCUACGCUGGAUGUAGCACAGUAUAUUUUUUUAAAACACAUUGUCACUGUUUUAAGCUUUUAGGGAAAAGAGGAACCUGAAUUUUGAUCUGACAAAUAUAAUAAUGUUAAAAGAUCCACAGCAGCUGUCUUGAAUUUAUAGGCAUAUUCCAAGUUACUGCAUUCCUCUGUAGUUCCACAUUGAGUUAAGCUCGAGUUGAGGUCAAAACCUCUAUCUCUUAAGCGUUCUCUCUCUCUCUCUCUCUCUCACACACACACACACACACACACACACAAACUCCCCCUUUUCUCGACUAAUAAAUAAUUAUCCUUUUGUGUGAUGUGGCUUUGCUCCAAGGCCAUUCAGUUUAUGCGAGUUACUUUUAGUGGAAUAGCACAUUUUCUGCAUGUUUUACCAUUUUUACAUUUUGAGUAAUAAAUUAUUCAUCUGUAUAUUUAUUAAUUGUCCAGCACAGUCUUUCCAUUAAAAAAGAUUCAUUUUUUUUAAACAUGUCAUUGAGAUAUAUAUUAUAUAUUGAAUAAAAAAAGAUGACUAACUUUGGAUAUGUAAACACAUAUACCAUGAUUGUAAUAAACCUUACCAAAGAUAAAAUGUUUUGAUAUGUUAUGAUUGAACUCAUUGCUUAUAUUAUUGCCUCACUCAACUUACUUAUUUUGAAAGUGGUGUAGGUUUCAGAAAAAAUGAGUCAGAAGAGUAAGAAAUGAUGAUGAAGUAGAUGGCGUAGGUCAAUAGUGUAGACAUAACAAAUGUUUUUUUUAGUUUUGUUUUCUAUUUUAAAUCUUAAUAAGCUUUGAAUAUGUUCAAAUUUUACUAAUACGCUGUUUCCAUCCAUCAGCCCAUUCAUUUAUUUUCAGAGAAAUUAAACAAAAACAUCUCUCCUUCUUGCACACACUUAUUUAUACACGCUAACACAAACAUCCAGAAUGAGCCACACUUGAACUUGAACAAAGAAUGAAGAGCAACACCCGCUCAUGUAAAUGUGAUGUUAGUCAUGAUCUACUCAGAAGUGCAGUCUGUGCUGGCUGGGGCAAGGCAAGGGAGUCAUCUUCUUCUCAGUCUCCUUCGCUCCUCCCCCUGUCCAAUGAGUUACGCAGUAUUAGAGCCUUCAGGAGGAAAGUCAGACAUUAUAGAGGCAGAGGGACAAGGCACUGCACCCUCACUGACUCCUCCAAACCAACCACAGAUACCUAGGGAGCUUGAGUUUUGGCAUCCAGAGUUUGGCCACCAUCACUAAUUCAUUUAUUUGCGUUAUUCAGUUCAUCACUUGUGGCAGGAAAGAUGGCUCCUCUAUUGUGACCACUGAUGUUUGUUUCUGCAGAAGAGUUCGCUCCAUGCUUAUUUUGUUUCUUCAAGUAGUAUUUUUGUUAUACUUUCAGGAGAUUAUUACUGUGUGACUUUUUAAUCUCCCAGCUGUGCCUCUCUACUGGAAUAUCACCACUCGAUCUUUGGUCUGUCUCAAACCGCUUCACCAAUGCUGACUGAACCGUGUGGCGCCAUGUCGAUGGGGUCAGAUGUUCGAGAUCUGACCCUCUUACCUCCAGCACCUCCUGUGUCAUCCUUGCCAGGAGCUGGUGGUGGCCAGUGGACCCAACUGCUGGACCUUCACCCUGGCUCUCCCUAUGGCUCCCUGCCUUCCCACCACUCCCUGAUCAAGCAGGAACCUGGUUGGGGGAACACUGACCCAAUAGAGGACCCUCACUGUGGACUUGGGGCCUUCACAGUUCACUUCUCAGGCCAGUUUACAGGCUCAGGCCCUUGUCGAGUUGGGGCCUUCAGAGAGCCGACUGCAGGUCAACCGAGGAUGUUUCCCAAUGGAACCUACCUGCCCAGCUGUAUGGACAGUCCUCCUGCACCCAGGAACCAGGGUUAUGGAGCAAUGGGCUUGGACAGCAACCCCAGUUAUGGUCACACUCCGUCUCACCACACCCCUCAGCUCCCCAGCCUGUCCUUCAAACACGAGGACACGCUGUCACCGCCAAACAACAUAGUUGACCAGCAGUACCCGGCUCCUACUUCCAUGUUUGGUUGCCACAAUCCUGCAGAAUCCUGUCCGAGCAGCCAAGCUCUGCUGCUGAGAAACUACAACAGUGAUAACCUGUACCAAAUGGCAUCUCAGCUGGAUUGUGUAACAUGGAACCAAAUGAACUCCCUGGCAUCCUCAAUGAAGAGCGGCCAUGCAACCGGCUAUGACAGUGAUCCCACAGCCCCACCUCCACCCAUGCUCGUCAGUGCCCAGUACCACAUACACACACACGGUGUCUUCAGAGGACUUCAGGAUGUCCGACGGGUAGCUGGUAUUGCUCCACCAGUCGUAAGGUCAUCAGAGGCCAAUGAAAAGCGUCCAUUUGUAUGUGCUUAUCCUGGCUGCAGCAAGAGAUACUUCAAACUGUCACAUCUGCAGAUGCACGGCCGCAAACACACAGGAGAAAAGCCUUACCAGUGUGAUUUCACAGACUGUGGACGCAGAUUCUCUCGCUCAGACCAGUUAAAGAGGCACCAGCGCAGACACACAGGAGUGAAGCCCUUUGAGUGCGAGACGUGUCAGAGAAAGUUUUCACGGUCAGAUCAUCUUAAGACGCACACUCGGACUCAUACAGGUAAAACAAGUGAGAAGCCCUUUACCUGCCGCUGGUCCAACUGUCAGAAGAAGUUUGCCCGCUCUGACGAGCUGAUGCGCCACCACAGCAUGCACCAGAGGAACCUGACCAAGCUGCAGCCUGCCAUCUGAGCGGCGAGAGGAGGAGGAAGGGGGACGAAGAGGAAGGUGACAAUAUGUUGUGCCAGCUAGUAGAGAGAGAUGCUGGAGCCUGGUCAGCGGUUAUGGUGCCUUGCCAGACAUCACUGAAGUGGUGAGCCCAGAUGAUGCCUCCCUCAGCCAGCGGACGUCAGGAGACUCGGAUGAAGAUCCUCAAGAUGCGCCUCAACUAGCACUCGUUCUGGUUAUGUGACAUUAAAACUCAGACUGAGUGGGUACAAUACCACAGUAAUUCUGAGCCAAGAAGAAGAUUUUUUUUUUUAUGUGAGAUGAGGAAAAUGUUGAUACACUAUUUUGGAUAUUUUAGUACUCUUGCACUGGCUUUUUUUUUAGAAUUGUUAAAAUUGUGUCACCUUAAAAAUGUGCUGGAAAAUAUAAACUGGAUUUAGGAAAUGGACAAUGUGUCUUUUUUUUGUCCAUUAAGUUGAACACAGAGAAUCUUAAUAUUCCAACAGUAUACAUGAU